CGUUCGUGAACUCUGCCUUCUUCCAACACUCAAGUGAAUUUUACGAAGAAUAAUUACAAAUAUAAUUGCUUAUCCAGGUUUGAAUCUAGAAGGACGAUAUAAAUAUAUAAAUAGGGAGAUUUCUGGGAAUUUAGUAGUUUUUAUUGCACUCAUACUUUUAACUGUGUAAACAUGGAUUAUGGCCUCUCGGCAGGACUCGAGUAAUGACCAAAAAGAACCCGAAUUCCCUCAAUCGGUGCUGUCAUUGCGGUCAAAAUUUGAAUCUCUUAGCUCAAACGAUGUUACAAGCAAUGGUACAAAUACCCCGUUAAAAAAGCAUUUGAAUUCUCAGGAACAGAAUGCAAAUAAUACUGAAAAACCAGUUUCUAAAUAUCAAGGAACCCAAAUACCUCCCUCUUUUCCUUCAGUUGGAAAUACGUCCACCCAGGGAGAAAAGUCGAGUGGGUCAAAUUCGUUGCCAGAAUCCGUGAAAAGCGAAGACGUAAACAAUGAAGUGAAAAAUAAACCUAGCGUUGAAAUUUUACGAAAAGCAUUUUCUCAAAAUCAAGAGUCAUCUUCUGAUACGGACGCUUUUAUGCCAUCAUCACCUACUGCGUCCAAUUCUUUCAUUUCUGUUUCUCCUUUGCCUAAUAAACCUUCGCGAUCUGUCAGUUCACGAGAUUACACUGACUUAACGAAUCGUCCUAGACCUGAUUAUGUAACAAAACCAAAGGGGGGUACAAGAGGAUUCUCAUCACCAGCAAAACCAAAUUUGGAUUCAAGUCCAAGCUAUACUGAGGAAAAACCUACUGAUGAGAAAGAUGAAGUGGAAGAAGACUUAAUAUCUGAAUCAGAUCCUGAAUCCUCCUCGACACUAUCGUCUGAGCAGGAAGAUGAAGGUAUCCCAGCCAAGAGUUCCCUUCAGUUUUCUAAACAACACGAUAAUCCGUUUAAACAUGAUUCUGAAACUUUGGAUUCCACUUCAAGUUCCAUACCCCGCCCUCCGCGUUUACAGAGUCAGCAUGUUGAUGUUCAACCCCCGGUUCUUUCACCCAGACCACCUAAGUCUGUCGCUGCAGAAGCUGUGCAUCAGUCGCGUAUUGAAAUGGCUAAACAGGUUCCAAGUCGCACUCCUCAACGACCGCCAAAACCUCCUGCUCGAAAAUCUUCUCAUACUAUUUAUACAUCUACUUCAAACGAAUUUUCGGGUAGCUUGCCAAGCAGGCGAAUUUCUUCGGUAUCUUCACCCAUGUCAAAUAUUAGUCUGUCUGCGUCGGAGCCGAUGUUAUCUUCUGAAAAACCAAAAUUACCUCCCCGACCUAGCCAAAUGGCACCAGAUAUAUCAUUGAAUAAUAUGACGAAUGAAAGCGAUUCCGUAUCGCCUCCUCCUUUCCUUGUAUCUCCUCAACCUGGAAGAUCGUUAUCUUCAGGCAUAAGGCCAACUUCUUCCUCUGCUAUGAGCGACGCCCAGGACAUCUCGAUAUCUUCUGGUUCCCCUUCUACCUCUCAGACAGAUACAAUUCUGAAAGGUACUUUACCAGAUGUAUCAUGUGUCCGUAGGAAUCAACCGACUUUUAUGAACGGCGCUGAUUCUAUCAAUUUAGAUUUUGAAGCACGUGCCUUUGUUGUAAGUGGUGAGCGCCUUGUUUUAGCUGGUAAUGGUGCAUUACGGGUUUAUGAUUCCAUUACGGGUUUAUGCAAUUGGCAUAUGCCUUUGGGAGAUGUUAAAGUAACCGCAAUGUCUUUUAAACCCUCUGGUAAUAAAGUAGCCGAUGAUGGAAGAUUCGUUUGGAUUGGUACUCGCGAUGGUGCUCUUUGGGAGAUUGAUGUUGUAAAUCACCAUAUAGUAAACAAAAGAACCACUCUUCAUACAUCAAUCUCUCAUAUAUUGACAUGUAAAAAUGAAGUUUGGACGCUUGAUGAAGCUGGUCGACUUCUUGUUUGGCAAGAAGAUAGGAUUAUGGGAUUAAGUGUACAGUCUGAUCCGAAAAGUGUCCGUAUUGUUCCCCAUGCUUCGCAUGCCAUGGUAUUAGACGAUAAUUUAUUAUGGGCCGUAGUCGGCAAGUCUAUUUAUGUAUAUGACCCUGCUAAUACUGAACGUCCAUCUAUCCUUCAAAAACCGAUGACUCCCCCAGGACUUAUUGGUGAUAUAUCUUGCGGAACAGCUAUGGCUAGCUUUCCCGACCUUGUCUUUUACGGCCAUGUUGAUGGUAAAAUUUCAAUAUAUUCAAAAACGCAAUAUCGAUUUAUGGAACUUGUGACGAGUAGCUCCUUUUAUCGUAUAAGUUCUUUGGUUGGUGUUGGCAGCACUAUAUGGGCAGCUUACACUACUGGAAUGAUUUAUGUUUUUGAUGCUUCUGUCAGCCCUUGGAGAUUACUAAAAACAUGGCAUGCUCACAAAGUUAGUCAAAGUGGUGCAAAUACUAUCUUAGGUAUAGAUGUAAACAGUAUUUGGAAAGCUAAACGUUUACAAGUGGUUAGCCUUUGUUCUCCAAUUGUAAAGUUUUGGGAUGGAUUAAUGAUGGGCGAUUGGUUAUCUACAGAAAUGAGAAAGCUCUUCCCGAAGUAUAGCUCCUUUGAAGAUAUUACUGCGUUAGUCUGUUCCUGGAAUGCUGGUGCUUCCAAACCGUCUGAAUUCAGAAGUCAGGACGCUGGUCCUGAUUUCAUAAAGGCUUUACUUGAAGAAAAUGGAUAUCCAGACAUAGUGAUAUUCGGCUUUCAAGAAUUGGUUGACCUUGAAAAUAAAAAACUAACUGCCAAAAGUUUGCUUUCAUCUAGCACUAAAAACAGUUCUUCAAAUAGUGACAACAUUUCCAGGCAGUAUCGUUUAUGGCGUGAAAAACUAGAAUCUGAAAUGACACGGUGUGAUCGAAAAUAUGGCUAUCAAGUUUUGGUCUGUGAAAAUUUAGUUGGUCUUUUCUCUUGCAUUUUUGUUAAAAGUGCUUUGCAAAGCAAGGUUCGAAUGCUACAAACCACUACUGUCAAAACUGGAUUGGGUGGAUUACAUGGAAACAAAGGUGCUAUCGUCGUUCGUUUUCUUAUAGAUGAUACUUCAUUCUGCAUAGUGAACUGCCAUUUAGCUGCUGGUCAGACGAGUAAGGCAGCAAGGAAUAAUGAUUUGGCAACAAUAUUAGACUCCGCAGCCUUGACCCCAGAAAGCAAUGAAAUGGAUCGGUUGAACUUUUUUGAAGCAGGUGGUGAUGGUUCUCAAAUAUUGGAUCAUGAGGUUUGUAUUUUGCAUGGCGACCUUAAUUAUAGAAUCAAUCUUUUAAGGCCCAAAGUCAAUGAUUUGUUGAAAAAGAAUGACAUAAAAACGCUUUUACAAAGUGAUCAAUUGACGCAAGAAAGGAAACGCAAUGCAGGUUUCCGGUUACGAACAUUCAGUGAACCUGAAAUAACUUUUGCUCCUACAUACAAAUAUGAUGUCAAUAGUGAUCGGUACGAUUCAAGUGAAAAGAAGAGGGUUCCAGCUUGGUGCGAUCGUAUCUGCUUUCGAGGUGAUAUGGACUACAUACACGCCGACAAUUACAGACGACAUGAGGUCCGUGCUUCUGAUCAUCGUCCUGUGUCAGCAUUGAUACAUGCAAAAGUUAAGCUUGUGAAUGCUCAAGAACAAGCUUCGACUUGGGACGUCGUCAAAAAGAAAUGGUUGGAUUAUGCUGAUUCCGUCAAACGGGAAGCUAAAUUGCACUACUUAAUGGUAUACGCCUCUAUAGUUCGUGAAAAGGCUGAGCGUAUUCUAGUAGAAUCAAAUUGGAAUGUACAAGAAGCUAUACAAAACAUUUUCAAUAAUGUUUGAACUUUCGUUACUAUAUAAGCUCUUUAUAAAUGUAUUUACUAAUAUAUAAUAUGAAUAAAUUAUGCAAUUCUUUCAUUGAAUACGUUUCAUCGUUCGGAAAAAAUGUCACUAACUUGAACUUCUACGUUUAUCAGUUUCUUCUAGCCAUCGAGAAAACAAUAGUUGAGCAAUAGGUCCUCUUUUCUUUUUCUUGGCAUUAAGCUUGCUGUCUGACAUAAUACUGUUCAUUAAACGAGAAGAGGUAUCUUCAUCUAAUGAAUUGAAUGUGGAACUUAAUAAUUUUAAAGAGGACUUUUGAUCAGCGGACAAAUUAGGAUCUGAAAUAAUUGAAGAAACUAUUGAGUCAAAGCACGAAGUUGCUAGACUUUUUGGACGAGAAGGUUUAGAAAAAUGAGAUGGAGUAUAAGAGUUUUCUUUGGAUGAGUAUUUUAUGGACUUCUUCAAAGUAGCUUCAGCAUUAGUUGAAUUUACGGACGAAGGAUAAAAACCUGAAUUGGAAAAAGAAGACUGGGGCUUUUGUGGUUUUGCCGUUUCGGUGGAGAUAUUCCUUUUUGUUUCAUUCGGAGAAGUAAUGCGAACAGUAUCUUCAAAAUUCCAAUCAUCAUCAAAGGUCGUAUUUUUCGAUCUUGAUGUAGAGCUUGGCUUUUUUAACGUAUCAGUGGUAUUUGAAUCGAAAUCAUCUUCAGAAUUUUGUUGUUCAUUAGAGAAAAUUUUGCUUUCCAAUAGUAAGGGAAUUAGGAGUUCAAUCUUACCCGAGCGUUUAAUAAAGGGGUGCUCUAGCAGAGAAGACGAGGAACGACGAGAAGCAGGAUGGAGCUUUAAACAACGAGAUACAAAAUCUCGAAAUUCCAAACCAUAAUCAGAAGACAGCUUUGGCGGUUCUGAUUGUGGAAUUUCAAAUAUGACACGCAUAGGAUGCAUUGUUGCUCUAGGAGGCGCUGCCUCUGCCAUCUCUAUAGCCGUGAUUCCUAAGGACCAAAUAUCUGCAGCUGUUCCGUAGCUGGUUUGUUGUAUAACUUCUGGAGCCAUCCAAAAAGGGGUUCCUACAAAGGUAUAUCGUCUGGAAGCGGCGUUCGAAAGUUGAGCAGCAACGCCAAAAUCUGCAAGUUUGACUUCACCCGUGGAAGAAGACAAAAGUAUAUUUGCCGCUUUUAUGUCUCUGUGUAUUUUGUUUUGGUUGUGCAGAUAGGUCAAACCUUUCAGGGUUUCUCGUAAUAUUAUAGAUAUCAUUCCUUCUUCAAGACCUUGCUUUUUUAGAAGCCCAGAAACAGAACCUCCAUCCAUAUGUUCCAUUAGUAUCCAAAGGACAUGUCCUUGGACGAAGCACCCGUAAUACCG